GACGGACACGUACAAGCACAUAUUUUGCAAUAAAUGCUUUCGACUUUGAAAGUUAAUUUUACUGGCUAUGCCGCAUUUCCAUCACGGCCUGGCAGAAGUGGCUAACCCAAAAAGUGCUUGAUUGAUAUCAUCAAUGAGAAUGUGCGUGUGCCAAUAGGCCGACAAUGUAAUUAUAGAUGAAGAUAGAUACGUGGAGAAAAAGAUAAGAACAGCUAGAAGUCUUAUUUAUGCGAUGGUGGAUCGCUGGUUGAAACGCCCGCCUGUGAUCGAAAGUUCCUAGUUACGAAUACUUACUCCUGUGUACCAUACCAAUAAGUCAAUGAACGACUCGUCGCAGGACGGCAGCUGCCUGGGCAACGAGGCCGGCAUGCUGUACGGGGAGUACCUGAUGCUGGACAAGCUCCUCGCAGCACAGCGGAUGCUCAGCGCCGAGUCCUCGCGGCCGGUGCACGACGAGCAUCUGUUCAUUGUCACCCAUCAAGCGUACGAGUUAUGGUUCAAGCAGAUAAUAUAUGAAGUGGACUCUGUCAGGUCGUUGCUGGACGUUGAAGGUCUGGACGAGAGCCACACCAUGGAGAUACUGAAGCGGCUAAACAGGAUUGUGUUAAUUCUUAAGCUUCUUGUGGACCAAGUCAUGAUCUUAGAGACCAUGACCCCUCUGGACUUCAUGGACUUCCGGAACUACCUGAGGCCAGCUUCCGGCUUCCAGAGCCUUCAGUUCCGGCUAUUGGAAAAUAAGUUGGGGCUAAAACAGGCGUUGCGCGUGAAGUACAAUCAGAAUUACCAGACAGUGUUUGGGGAUGAUCCUGCAGCUAUGGACGCCUUGCACAAAUCAGAAGAAGAGCCAGCGCUCCUGGCGCUGAUCGAGCGGUGGCUGGAGCGCACGCCCGGGCUGCAAACGCACGGCUUCAACUUCUGGGGCAAGUUCCAGGCCGCCGUCAACAAAACUAUUACAGACGACAUUGAGGCCGCUAUGACGGAACCCAACGAAACAGUCCGUCGUCACAGGCUGCAGGACGCGGAAAACCGACGCGAGAUCUACCGGUCUAUCUUCGAUCCAGCCGUGCACGAUGCCCUCAGAUCUAGGGGGGAAAGGAGACUGUCGCACCGCGCGCUGCAAGGCGCCAUCAUGAUCACGAUCUACCGCGACGAGCCGCGCUUCUCGCAGCCGCACCAGCUGCUCACGCUGCUCAUGGACAUCGACAGCCUCAUCACCAAGUGGCGCUAUAACCACGUGAUCAUGGUGCAGCGUAUGAUUGGCUCGCAGCAACUCGGCACGGGCGGCUCCUCAGGGUACCAGUACCUUCGCUCCACUCUCAGUGACCGUUACAAGGUAUUCUUGGAUCUAUUUAACCUCUCAACCUUCCUCCUGCCCCGCUCCCUCAUCCCGCCCCUCGACGACGGCAUGAAGAAGAGUCUCAACCUCACCUGGGGCGACAACGCCAGGGAGAAUGGGAAAGAAACACACGACGGAGAGCUUAAUAACUGCAUGAUGAAAUUGGAGUUGGCUUGAUCUGAUUAUGUCAUGUAGUGUAUAUAAUACUGUAAGAGAGGUAAUCUGGGGGCUACCAUGAAAAAUAAAACACGUAGUGCGUCAUUACGUCUAGACGUUCUAUCUUUUUUUUACACGAUGCGAACAAGAUUUGGGAAAAAUAGACAGCAUGUGGAUGUUAGUUACGUGCUACCUACGUGUUUGUAUAAGCGUACUCAACACCAAAGCCCACCGUUGGCAACUUUUUGUCGACAUAGGUUUUUCUUUCGAUAGGCCGCCGGGUUGUGUCGGCGGGUCGGCGACUUUGGUGUGUAGUGCGCUUAAUUCGUGGUAGACCUUCUGAUUUAGUGAUUUGUGUAUAAUUUUAAAAAAAUGCUUGACCUUUAGAGCCCCGUACGACUUUAUAAUAUUGUGAAGUUGAUAUGAAGUCGUCCGGGGCUACGUAAAACAAGUGUCAAAAUCCACAUUGCAAAAUUCAAAUAUAGAAUUUUAUUUCAAUUUACCAUUUUCAACGGUUCUUGAAAAACUGUCUAUAAUUGAUUACAUAAUUACGAAUUAUGUGCUGUAUACCAAUAUAUUGGCUGUACAGGGUUUAAAAAAACACAAAGUUACUUUACCCAGUAAUUAUCCAAUAAUUAAAACAAUCUCGAUAGUAAAUAAGUAGGUAUACUGUGUUCUUUGUUAAACGUGUACUGUAACUGUUAUAAGGUGAUAUUUUAACUAGAUUAAAAUGUCUGUGAAUUAUA